UGACAUCCAUCCACCCAGGUACGCGAAUGACAAACGUGCCUGGGGGAUGAUGUCACUUCCGGCCUUCACAUCUUCACCCCCCCAUAAAGAGCGGCUCCGUGUCGGCGGAGAGGACGCGGGCUUCCUCUGGUCACUGCGAGCAAAUUGAGCUCUCCAAAGAAACACCGAAGGAAGUUGAGCUCAGGAUGCGUCCUUGAGAAUCCUAACGACCGACGUCACACCUCCCGAUAGCCGCCGCGCGCCCCUUUUUUUUUGGCCGCUGGAGAGCUUCGUUUGAUCGACCAUGAUCGCGAGAGGACUCUUCGUGUUGUCAGUGCUGACCAGCUGCGUUGUGUCGUUGCCAGUGACUCCCAGUCAGCUGGAGAACGAGAACGAGGACGUGGAGGUGAUGAAAUGCAUCGUGGAGGCGCUUGCAGAUGUGCUGUCGAGGCCCCACCCCGUGCCUGUCAGUGAGGAGUGUUUGGUCACAAUGAAGACGGACGACCGGCUGGUUUCCGUCCUUCGCCGUCACAACUUUCUGAAGCUGCUUCAGGACAUCGCCGUUCGAGGUCAUCAGGAGAGAGCGGCCGCUACGCCAGAACCAACCACCCGAACGCCUCAGGCUGCGGAGGACGAUGCCGAUCAAUCCAUGCUGGAAGCUCUAGGAGGCCCAGGGGAGCGGUCCAUCCUGUCCCAGAAAGAGAGAGAAGGAGAAAAGGAUGACAGCGUGGGAGGCGGCGAGUCCCGAGACGCCACCGCCACCGGCGAGGAGGAGGAGGAGGAGGAGGAGGAGGAGGAGGUGAAGGAGGAGGAGCAGCACGAGGAGGAGGAGGAGGAGCGGGACGAGAGUCCAGGAAGCCGCGGGUCCGCAUCUGUGGAGGAGGGGAGUGAGGGCAAGGCCGACAAGAGGGGGGAAGAAGAGGAAGAAGAGGAAGAUCACGAGGAGAAGAGAGCUCAUUUACACGAGGAACACAUGAUGAAGGAUAAGAAAGGUGCUCGGUCUGGUGAAGAGAGAGAUGCCCCCAGAAUCAAAUCCCAAAAGAAGUUUGUGGAAGAAGGUGAGGAGGAGGAGGAGGAAGAGGAGGAAGAAGACAAGAGAUCUGCAUAUUUCUCUCACGGCCCUAAACCAGAGGGGGAACAGGAGGAAGAGGAAGAGGUGGCAGGAGAGAUGAAGAGAGACAGCCACACGCGAUGGACCAAGAGAGGGAAGUCUUCACCGGGGGGGAAGCAGAAGGCCGUCGGAGAGGAGGCGCCGCAUCACUCAAAGGAGGAGCAGGAGGAGGAGGAGAAGGAGGGGGAGAAGAAAGGGCACGCGCAGAGGAGCCCGGAGGAGAAGGAGCUGCGGAUGAUCGCCGGGGGGCCCGAGGAGAGGAGGGGGGCGGAGGAGGAAGGGAGCGCCGGCCGGAAGCCAGAGGAGCCGGGGAUCGAAAGCCUGGCGGCCAUCGAGUCCGAGCUGGAAAGCGUCGCCCAGAAGCUCCACGAGAUGCGGCGAGGUUAGGAGGAAGAGAGAGAGAGAGAGAGAGAGAGAUUGUUAGAAGAAGUUGACGCUGCAGUCUCCUCUGCCUCCUCCGCCUCAGCAGCCCCGAAAACCGGUGUGCCCCCCCCCCCCCCCCCCCCCCCCCCGUGGAAGCAUCUCCACUAUUUAUCCUUCUGCAGAGAGCGAGCCCUGCUGCAGCCUCCCGCGUGACGUCCCGUCCUUCGAACAGCAUACGGCACAUGCACAUUGCAGCUAAAAGACACGCCACAAAACACACACACACACACACACCAACAAGGUGGAGUGGCCCUGUAACGGCAUGUGUCCUCUUAACGGGACGCUCACUCCUGGGGGAGCGGUAGACAAAGACGUAGAUGCUUAAUUAUCACAGAGACACUUAAUCUAGGCAAUAAGUCAACGUUUUUGAAGUGUGAUUCAUUCAUGUAAGAAAAUCAAUAAAUCUAAUAGUUUAACUUUCAACCUCUGUUUUGGUAGAUGAUUUGAAUGCCUUUUAAAAUGGAAUGAAUAUUUGCAGAAGACCAUUUAAUGCAAUAAACUCUGCGUACUAACUCAUUGA